GAGGAGGCCGCCCCGGGGGGAGAGAGAUUGCGGCGGCGGCGUUGGCGUUGUUCAGUCCGAGCGAGAAGGUUGCAGAGGUCGCCAGGCUCCCGGGUGCGGACUCCCCAGUCGUCGCCGGGCCAACCUCCCCUUCCCCCCCCCCGCUGGUCGGCGGCGCCCCCAGGCCCGGGCCGCUCCUCCCGCACCGCCUCCUCCUGCUGGGACUCUUCUUUAGAACGCGCCUCAGACACUUCCUCCCAGUCCCGGGCGAGCCGCGUUGGGUUUAUGUCUUUAUUUGACGAAAACGAGCUGUUGCGCAGCCACUGGUACCUGUAUUGGGGAAACAUAGCAUACCAGCAAGAAGCUUACAGCUUCAGUGGUGAAAACUUUUUCAUGUCAGAGACCGAGAACUCUUGCAGUCGUUUAUGUCAUCCCUUCUUCUCCAGACAGAAGAUACCAAAAAGUUGCAAUCAAAGAUCUCUUCACCUUAUUGAUAAAGCUACUAAUAAGCCAAAAUGUCUGUCAACGUCAACCGCAGUGUUUCGGAUCAGUUCUAUCGCUACAAAAUGCCCCGUCUGAUUGCGAAGGUUGAGGGCAAAGGAAAUGGAAUCAAGACAGUUAUAGUCAACAUGGUUGACGUUGCAAAGGCGCUUAAUCGGCCUCCAACGUAUCCCACCAAAUAUUUUGGUUGUGAGCUGGGAGCACAGACCCAGUUUGAUGUUAAGAAUGACCGUUACAUUGUCAAUGGAUCUCAUGAGGCGAAUAAGCUGCAAGACAUGUUGGAUGGGUUCAUUAAAAAAUUUGUUCUCUGUCCUGAGUGUGAGAAUCCUGAAACUGAUCUGCAUGUCAACCCUAAGAAACAAACAAUAGGUAACUCUUGCAAAGCCUGUGGCUUUCGAGGCAUGCUUGACACAAACCAUAAACUCUGCACUUUCAUUCUCAAAAACCCACCUGAGAAUAGUGACAGUGGUACAGGGAAGAAAGAAAAAGAAAAGAAAAACCGAAAGGGCAAGGACAAGGAAAAUGGUACUGUGUCCAGCAAUGAGACGACACCACCACCACCAAAUGAGAUUAAUCCUCCCCAUGUUGUGGAGGAAGAUGAGGAUGAAGAUUGGGGAGAAGAAACAACGGAAGAAGCUCAGAGACGCAGAAUGGAUGAAAUCAGUGAUCAUGCAAAAGUCCUGACGCUUAGCGAUGACCUGGAAAGGACGAUUGAAGAGAGAGUCAAUAUAUUAUUUGACUUCGUUAAGAAAAAGAAAGAAGAAGGUGCUAUUGACACUUCGGACAAAGAAAUUGUUGCAGAAGCAGAGAGACUGGAUGUAAAAGUUAUGGGUCCUCUAGUUUUAACUGAAGUCCUAUUCAAUGAGAAGAUCCGUGAACAAAUUAAAAAAUACCGACGCCAUUUCCUCCGUUUUUGCCACAACAACAAAAAAGCCCAGAGAUACCUUCUCCACGGCAUGGAGUGUGUUGUAGCCAUGCAUCAAGCUCAGCUUAUCACCAAAAUUCCACAUAUUUUAAAGGAAAUGUAUGAUGCAGACCUUUUGGAAGAAGAGGUCAUAAUUAGCUGGUCAGAAAAGGCUUCGAAGAAAUACGUCUCAAAAGAGCUUGCCAAAGAGAUCCGUGUCAAAGCAGAGCCUUUUAUUAAAUGGCUGAAGGAAGCGGAGGAAGAAUCAUCUGGUGGAGAAGAAGAUGAAGAUGAAAAUAUCGAGGUGGUGUACUCGAAGACGGCCAGCGUACCUAAAGUUGAAACUGUGAAGUCUGCAGGCAACAAGGAAGACGACAUUGAUAUCGAUGCCAUUUAAGCAGUCCGGCUUAAUGUAACGCUAAAAAUCUCCCUGCAUUUUUCUGCCGGAAGUGGAACGUGUAUGUGCUAAAGCUGAGAGAGCUUAACAUCAUGCUACACUUUGUACUAAAAUGUCUUUUUACUGUGAGUGGUCUUCUGAAACAGCCUAACCUGACAUCUAGGAGUCCAUAUGCAUCAAUGAACAGGUUUAAUUUGCUUAUUUAUAGCAUGUUUCUUUUCAGAACUCUAGUGCUGGAGACAUACUUGGAUCACAUUUAUACAGUUCGUGGAAAUAAAGAUUUGUUUUUCUGUCGGUCUUAAGUUCUUGACUUGGAAUGGCUCUGGCUGAGUCGACUUAACUGUGGCUACUUCUAAGUGCCAUCUAGAGUCGAUAGGGAAGGAAGAAAUGUGGGUUCAGGAGGAGCUGGGCGUCCAGUAGGUAUGUGGUGUGAAACGAUUAAUCACAAACCCCAGGGGUUUUUUCCCUUAAAUUUGCAUCUGUUGCUGCCCUCAUUGUCCCAAAUCGUGUAUGUAAGGUUAAUGGGUGUCUCUGAAAUCUGUGUGCUGCUUGAAAACGCCUCCUCAGCUGAGCGAGCUGCAUUAAGGAUGGGUCGACCCCGGGGGUGAUUCUGCAAAAUUGGAAAAUAUAGUGUGUGUUGCCAUUAAGCAUUUCUGAGACCCGUGGAUGUGUCGGACUGCCGUUGCAUCAGUCUAACCUGUGUUAAUUUAUUGGGGCCAGCAAGGGUAACAGGAAGAGAUAUGUCCGCCUUGAUAUCACAGCUGAGAACCCUCAACCCUUGCUGUGGGAAUGUGGACCAAAACCUGAAUGACUUGGGUGUGUUUAAUAUUUGGGGGAGGUGUAAAUGCCAUUUGGUAUGCUGCUUUGACCUAGCAGUUGAUCUCCCCAUCUUCUAAAUUUUCAAGCUCCAUGGCCAUCUUGCUCAGUAAGUGUUAACGAGUGAAGUCAAAUAUUCAAAGAAGGCAUCUUAUUUGAGAGUGUGAAAAGCUCAAAGCCAGGUUGGUGUCAGAUUUAGAUGGGCCUUCACAAUUGUACAGGGGUGAGGUUAGAGGAGUGUGAUGGAAAGAGGGACUGCCCGUUGGUCCAGCUGUGGCCAUGGCUGGAAGUGGCUUUUGUAAGGAAGUCUGUACCGUGACCUCAAGAGUGGGUAGUAAGGCCAGAGUUCAUCAGGUAUCUGGUCCUGGCCCUCUCUGGGUUUCACAAUAUUAUUUAAUCCUUUGACCCUGCAACUUUGAACUUGGUUUGCCUGGCCCAAAGUCAUGUGAAGGUAGAAUGGGGGCUUUGACCAAAGUGAAAAAUUUGUGGGCUUCUGUCAAAUGUAGCCCUGAUUUGAAACCAGUUUUGAGAUUCUCGCUUUGACGCCUUAAGUCUAAAUACUAAUACGGAGUUUGAAACACUGGGUGAAAAAUUAGAACGGAAGACCGGAGGGCAACAGAACUCCGAACUUCUCACAGCCGGGAAUUGAAAAGAAUGGUAGGUCAGGAGGCUGAAGUGUUUGAGUUGUGGACUGUCAGGACUUUUUAAAUUACCUCCACAACCUACUGGGUUCCAAUUGCUUCUCUCUAUUUGUGCUCUCGUGCUCCAUGCUUGGGUGGGAGUGGAGCAGGAGAGGUUAUCUUAGGGAGAGAGUGAUUCGAUUUGUUGUCAAAGCAAAAUUUCUGCUUCCAGUUCGUGGCUCGUCAGAUCGUUUGUCUCUCUUCAACUGAUAAAGCCAUAUUUGAAACUUCUGUAUUCACAAGUCUCUGUGGGGGUUGGAAAAUGUGGGCGACUUUACCAGGUACCUUCCGUAACAAGCAAGGUUCAACUACAGCGCUUCCUUUGCCUGGCAAAUGAGGAUCGAAUGUUCGUUAAACCCUUUUGUCUGUAAGAAUUGAAACUUACCUAAGUUGAAAUUUAUUGGAAUGAAAUAUUUAUUCACAAAGGUUGUUCUAUAGAGUAAUCUUUUACUUUUGUCAAAUUUUCCUGUUUCUUAAGAGCUACAUUAAUUAAACAAUAUGACUAUUAAGC